GCACUUAGAACCCGGCGUGAGGGCAGUGGGUCGUUGGUCCUCCGGCUCCAGCCGCCGCAGCGGCCGCCCCGCCCCGGGGGCGGAGCCGGGCCUUCGGGCCUGCAGUGUUUACAUCCGCCCCGGGACUGGGACGAGGAAGGGCCGUGAAAGGGAAGGACCGACGCCGCCGUCGCCACCGCCAGAGUCUUCCCGAACCACCGCCGAGCCCGAACCCACCGGGUCAUGAGCGCUCCGGGCCAUGGACACCAGCGAUCUCUUCAUCAGCUGCAAGAAAGGAGACGUUUGCCGAGUCCGUUACCUUCUGGAGCAGAGAGAUGUGGAGAUCAAUGUCCGGGACAAAUGGGACAGUACCCCUCUAUAUUAUGCCUGCUUGUGUGGACAUGAGGAGCUUGUACGUUACCUCCUGGCCAAUGGAGCCAGGUGUGAGGCCAACACUUUUGAUGGGGAGCGCUGCCUGUAUGGGGCGCUGAGCGACACCAUCCGUCGAGAGCUGAGAGAUUACAAGCAGAUCACCUCCACCCGAAUGCAGAGGGAUUAUUAUGAUGACUUCCUGCAGCGGCUCCUGGAGCAAGGCUAUCAGAGCGACAUCGUUUUCAUCGUCCAUGGGAAAUCCUUUUGUGCCCACCGAUGCAUCCUCAGUGCCCGCAGCAGCUACUUCGCCAACAUGUUUGAUACCAAGUGGAAGGGGAAAAGUGUGAUCGCCCUCAAACACCCACUGAUCAAUCCCAUGGCCUUCGGCUCCCUUCUGCAGUAUCUCUACACAGGCCGCCUGGACAUUGAUGUGGAGUAUGUGAGUGACUGCAAGAGGCUGGCCAAGCAGUGUCAGCUGCAGGAGCUCAUCACCAGCCUGGAGACCAAGUGCAAGAAGGCCUACGAGUUUGUGGCCUCGAAACCGGGGACGUGUGUGAAGGUGCUGACCAUUGAGCCGCCCCCCGCCGACUGCCGGCUCCGGGAAGACCUGGCGCUCUUGGCAGACUGUGCCUUGCCUCCAGAGCUCCGGGUGGGCUUCGGAGAAUUGCCUUUUGACAGCACCGACAAUUUCAGCAGCUGUCCUGAUGUCUGCUUCCGUGUGGCCAACUAUAACUUCUUAUGUCACAAGGCCUUCUUCUGUGGCCGUAGUGACUACUUUCGGGCCCUGUUGGAUGACCACUUCAGCGAGAGUGAAGAGCUGGCAGCCUCUCCUGGCCUCCCUGCGGUCACCCUGCAUGGCAUCUCCCCCGACAUCUUUACCUGCGUACUAUACUACGUGUACAGUGAUGACACUGAGCUGUCUCCUGACAUUGCCUAUGAUGUGCUGUGUGUGGCUGAUAUGUACCUGUUACCUGGCCUGAAGCGACUUUGUGGGCGGAGCCUAGCACAGGUGUUGGAUGAGGACAACGUGGUUGGUAUCUGGAAGGUUGCUAAGCUGUUCCAGCUGACUCGGCUGGAGGACCAGUGUGCGGAGUUCAUGGCCAAGGUCAUCGAGAAGCUAGUGGAACAGGAAGAGUUUGUGGAAGCUGUGAAGGAGGAGGCUGCGGCCGUGGCUGAGCGUCAGGAGACAGACUCCAUCCCCCUAGUGGACGACAUCCGAUUCCAUAUCACUAGCAACGUGCAGACCUACAGUGCCAUUGAGGAGGCCAGCCAGAGGCUGCAGGUCCUGGAGGAGCUCUUGGCCAACAUUGGCCUGGACUGUUGAAGAUGCUGCUAAUUGGGGGACCCCAAUGUUCCCCUCCCCUUUGUGAUGAGGCUUGGUAUGGCUUCCCCCUUGCUGCAGAGAGGCAUCGGCCUGAAUGCAGGGACCUGGCCAGGUUUGAUGCCAUGGUGUCUGGACAGCUUUCUCUAAAUGGCUUUGAGAUCAGCACCCCACCCCCCCGAAUCUGGGAGUGUUGGGCAGAAGGGGUUUUUCUCCAAGCACUGAUUAUAUCCUUGGGGUUCAAAGCCCUAGUCACUGUAGGUCUUGAAUCUUUGUUUCUAGAAGCUAAGAAUGUAUUUUUUUGCUAGGCAAAGGAGAGAAGCACCAACAAGAUCAGCUUCUCUUCCUGACCACAUAUGUGUGGACAAAGCCCUCCCCAGCACCCCUGGCCAUGGGGCAAAUGUGCUUUCCACUCCUCUGGGACAUGGGCUGAGUAGCUCAUUCUUCCCUAUCCUGCCUUACUCCAUCCAGGUUACUGAACUUUCCCCUCUGACCCCUUCAUUAUGGAGGAAAAGAAGGCUCUGGUGGCAGGAUUGUCUUCAUCUGCCUCUUGUGGGGUCUUUUGGUAAAGCUCUGCUUGCUGGCAUCAUCUUCUUUUCCUCUGUUUAGAAGGAUCAGAGAGUCCUGGUCCCAGAGGAUGCAUUGCUCCGGGGAACAUCCAUCCCCUGGCCAUGUGGUCCCUUGACCACACAUGGACCAAGAGCCAGUCCCCUGGCCUCUAGCUCAGGUCCUGGGUGAGAGGGAGAGAGGCAGGUGGCUCUUCUGGGGCUUCCCUCUGGACUCCUGAGGCUUCCCUGACUGCCCCAUGGCACUGUCAGAGUCCAGUUUGGGGCUAAGCUGAGUACUUCUGGUUCCUGGGGUCCAGUGAUGGGUGCUUGCUUCCCGCCCCCCCCCCCCCCCCUUAAAGCACAAACAGGUAUUUCCCAAACUCUCCUGGUGGGGAUAUAGGAGAAUGAUUUUUGGUUGGGAUAAUAAAUCCUGGGAAAGCUGAGAUGUUGGAAAAACUGGGUUCCCCCAAGGUCUCCAAGGCCAGAUAAAGCCUGGGGAUUGUGCUAAACCCAGAGAAAACUGAUCUGGGCUUGUGAGGAGAGCUGUUCUCCCUCCCCCUCACUUCCCCCAGGCUGGUUAUGGAGGCCACCCCAGGUACCCUUGCUCAGAGAGGGGAAGGGAAGGACUGAGAGCUGCCCCGCACCUUUCCCUGAGGAAAAAAAAUAUGCCCAAACUGCAGAUUUUCAGAGCUAAAAUCUAUUCUAAUAUAUACUAUUUAAAAAUAAAACAGAGGAGCAUGUGUGCGGCAAUAAAAAUAUAUUUCCCUAUGA